UGCACUUUCCCACCACAGUCGCGACCUUCCAGUCUUCUCUUCCUCGGCCCACCUUGUUUUUCUCGAAUGCUGCAGCUCAACAACCGUCUUCGCUUCCAUUCGGCAUGCGAUCCCGCACAGGCUGGUAUGUAUCAUUUUCACCACCCGGCACGUUGCACCCUCAAAACACCAUUUGUUCCACUUUUCACUACCAUACUAUAUAUUUUGCUCUUCUCUCGGCUUAAUAUAGGAUUGUUGGACUAACUGCGACGGGGCUUUUUCACUCAGCCUAACGUGUCGCACUCGGAAACUCAAAUGUAAGCUCACAUCACGCCAAGGCUAUUCCAUCUCCUGGCGCAAACACUAAGAGCUUCCCGAUAAUCAGGCGACGAGCAGAAACCGGAGUGCUCGCAAUGUCGCAAAGGUGCGAGGGAGUGUCGCCCUAGCGAAGGGAUCGUUUUCCGCCACCAGCAGAAUGCCUCCAUGAACAAAAGUGGCCAAGAAAACCCCAAUGGUCGAGGUAGCCUAAAAGGCUUUUAUUCAUAUAAAAACACUUUUGAUGAGGACAGUGUCUGGCUGGAUAUCCCGAAGCAUGUCAUUUUCGUCGAUAAUUCCGAUCCUUAUGCCGAAGACCUCGAGGCGGCCCUAGGCGAGUCUGAAGCCGCCAUCCUUGCAGCUAACUCUCAGAAUCGCGCCUGGUCGCAGCGCACGCCGUCCGCCGAUGCCGAAAACAAUGGCCUCGAAGCUCUCUCCACCGUGGCAGCCCAUGACCGCCUGUCGUAUAAUCCAUUGAGCGUCGAGCAACAAUCUCUCCUAGCCGUUGAUGCUGCCUCUCCUUAUACCACCCUAUCGGCGACUGCAUCGUCUGGCCCGUCGCCCAGUCAGUUGCGCAGUGUGCUAGCCCCUCAGCUGUCGCCUCCUCUUUCAAUCAACUCCAAUCAUACCAACAGUAAUAAUAAUAUCAACUUCCUCCUUAAUCCAUCACAAGCUCGUUCGCCGCCCGUGGAUCCCAACAUGCAUCAUGCCCUGGAGCGUAGGAGCUCUUCAUUGACUGCCAGGUCAGCAGUGUCACGAGGCUCAAAUACGGAACACAAGUCACAUAUGCCUGCUGAGACAGACAGGGAGGUCGCACUCCUGUUGCGACAUUUCUCAGAGGUACCAGGGCUCUGGAUGGACCUUUUCGAUGUUGGAACUUACUUUGCCUCUUAUAUCCCUGUGAGGGCGCUCCGAAACCCUCUUCUGAAACAUGCUGCAUGCGCAUAUGCAGCGAAGCAGCUCGGGCGAGUCAAGGUAGAACAGGUGCCCACAAGCGGUACCUAUCUCAAGCAAAGCGCGAGCCACGUAGACUGGUCCUGGAGAGGCGCGAAAUAUUAUGAGAAAGCUAUUCAGCUCCUCAUGAAGGAGCUUCAACCGGAUAAAGGACCCCCGCCUUUGAGUACCCCAGAGGCUUUCGGCCAAUGGCAGGCUGCCGAAUUAUGCGAGGAGAGUGAUAACCCUCGCAAACGCCGGCGACGGUAUUCUGAGAGUCGGUUUUCGAAGGGCGUGCAUUCGGACGAGAUUCUCGCCGCGACGGCCAUCUUAUCUGUAUAUGAAUUGCUUGAUGCUACUGGCCCAGCGUGGAACCGUCAUUUGAGUGGCGUAAAAUCCUUGUUAGAUGUGGCUGAAGUGGGGAUGAUGCCGGUCGAACAACGCCCUGAAUCUAUGUUACAACACAGCAAAAGGCCUGGUCUGUCGACCGCGAGGAGAGCGACAUUCUGGAACUUUGCCCGACAAGAUUAUCUAGCUGCUUUCAUCAAUGAGAGCCAGACGAGGUUGAAUACCGAUGACUUGGUUCUGUGGACGGAAGCAGGGCUGCAGAUCGACAGUCAGGGCUUUGUCCGAUCCAGCAACACAAACGCCUCCGGCUAUUUCGACGGAGACGACGUGAUCAAAGAGGACAUGAUCUGCAAUGGCCUGGUUUGGAUCCUGUCUAAGAUCGUCAAUUUCAUAAGUGCCGGUGACAAGGUGCAAGUGAAUCAUCCCAGCUCACUGAAUACCGGACCUCUAGGCUUGUCGCAACAGGCUCUGUUGGAGCGAUGGAUACGACUUGAGGCCGAGCUCGAUGCGUGGUACACUGGCUUACCAGAUAUUUUCCAUCCUUGUGCUAGGACUGAGCCGGUAGCCAAAGACGGCGAAAAGGCGGACACUGGAGCAUUGUCCGAAAUUUGGUACAGCAUUCCCAUGUGCUCGUCAGCUAUGCAGCAUUAUCACAUGGCACGGAUUCUGCUCCUAAUAAACAAGCCACACGCGUCGACUAGCCGCCGAAGCACCAUCACGGAUAGACUCAACUCAUAUCGAUCCAUUGAAAAUGACAUUCGUUUCCACAGCCGGGAGAUUGUGGGCAUCGCCAUGGCUUGCCCGACUGGCUCAGUCCGCAUCAAUUCACUCCAGCCGUUGUUUGUUAGCGGCCAGUGUCUCAUUGAUGCUGCUGAGAGACGCGCAGUCCUGCACCUAUUGCAGGGAAUCGAAACCGAGCUUGGCUGGGCAACCGACUAUCGUGUGAAUCAACUGCUCCGAGAAUGGGGCUGGCACGACACCGAGGAAGCGGUUAUGCCAUCCUAGAGGCUUCCGGGGUCAAGCCUCUGGCGUCUUACGAGGCCCAUUCGCCCCGGGUCAUGUUUAUAUGUUCACUAUCGCCUGCAGCUCCUGUGAAAGGGGGUAAGAGGCAUUGCAUCACGUUCUUGACGAUUCUCUUGUUCAGUACUCCUUGCAUAAUUGUUUAGCUGUGUUUUCGAGCGACCUUGUUUUUCUCGAAGUGAUACCAGCGUGUUUCGGUUGUUGUUGAUGAUAUCAUAGCAUUUGCAUACACACCUCGCAUUCAUGAUAGACGGUCACGAAAGGAGUCAGGAGGAAUCCUGUUGUUAAUGAAGCAUUUGAUUGUUACUUGUCAGAUUAUAAUAGUGAACAAUGGAAGGAUCCACCGAAG